AUGCCUCGACAGGAAAUCUACCAUAUUCAUCCAACCGGCUGGGAAAACGACGACGAGGAGGAGAGAUUCAAAUUUUCGACUCUCGAUUACAUGUGGGCCAGAAUCUACUGCAGUUAUGCCCUGUUCUUCCGGUUGGAUGACAUCAACAAUUACAAUGUCGUUGAGGUGCUGAAGGAAGGUUUGGAGCGUAUGCUCAGUCAGGUGCGACACUUGUGUGGCACGAUUGAGAAAGAUUCCACUGGCGGACAUUCCUUCGUGAAGAGGAGAGACAGCACCGUUCAGUUCAUCGUGCAGCACUUGGGCGCAGAUAAGGAAUACCCGUCUUUGGAUGAGAUCGAGAAGACCAACUUCACCUCCGUCUCCCUGGGCGACCUGCAUGACUGGAGUGUGUCGCUGAUGACGUACGAGGAAAAACCAGAGGCUCACCUAGACUGUAGUCCGACGGUAUCUGCCUUUAAGGCGAGCUUUGUGCGUGGUGGAUUGGUGUUCAACAUGCAUCACCAUCACUCCGCGAACGACGUUAUGGGCUGGGCAGGAUACACCCAUCAACUAGCCGAGCAUUGCAAGACCAUUCUCAACAAUACAUCUCCUCCGCCGUGGAAUCCAGCUCUCCUCGAUCGCUCGCGGCUCUUGAAACCAGAACCGCCUGAGGAGAAGAAGGUCAAUGGACCUCCACUAUCAGAGGCUCACCCAGCGCAUGUAGAGUCGGUAUCGCUUCUUUUCCACCCCCCCCCCCCCCCAAAGAGCAAAGCAGCUGAAUUGAAGCGACUGGCCUCACCCACCGACGGAACGUGA